AUAUCCACUUUAGAGGCGAGAGUCCCUGCUGAACAGCUACCUCAGCCAGCACCUUGCACCUCACAGAUGGGUUAUAAGAUACUCUUCCCUUUCCUAUAACGGCUGCAGAAGACCCGAGGCUGUAACAAGACUACCACUAAGACCUUGGAGAAGAAACCCCUGCCCAGCUCUUGCCAUGCUCAGAGCAGUUUGGGGUGCUCCCCAGUGGCUGCUGAGGGAGGGGAGAGAGUCCAGGAAGCUGGUGCUGCUCGUGGUGUUUGUUGCUCUGCUCCUGGACAACAUGCUGCUUACUGUGGUGGUGCCCAUUGUGCCCACCUUCCUAUAUGACAUGGAGUUCAAAGAAGUCAACACAUCUCUCCACCUGGGCACUGCCGUGACUUUCCAGCAUGCCCUCCCUUCUGCCUUUUCCACCAUCUUAUCCUUUUUUGAUAACAACACCAUGGCUGUUGAAGGAAGUGCACCCAGUGGCACAGCUUGGGCAAAUGUUACAUCUGGGUCCUUCCCCUCUUCAGUCCCUGAUGUCAUCUCAGCAGAUAAAAACAACUGCUUGCAAGACACAGAGUUCCUGGAGGAGGAGAACAUAUGGGUUGGGCUCCUGUUUGCUUCGAAGGCUCUGAUGCAACUUCUGGUCAAUCCAUUUGUGGGGCCUCUCACCAACAGGAUUGGAUAUCACAUUCCUAUGUUUGCUGGUUUUGUUAUCAUGUUUCUCUCCACAGUUAUGUUUGCUUUCUCUGGCACUUACACCCUGCUCUUCGUGGCCCGCACUCUUCAAGGCAUUGGAUCUUCAUUUUCAUCUGUUGCAGGUCUCGGGAUGCUGGCGAGUGUCUACACUGAUGACUAUGAGAGGGGACGUGCCAUGGGAAUUGCCUUGGGGGGCUUGGCUUUAGGAGUGCUGGUGGGCGCUCCCUUUGGAAGUGUGAUGUAUGGAUUUGUUGGGAAGUCUGCACCAUUCCUCAUUUUGGCCUUCCUGGCACUGCUAGAUGGAGCACUCCAGCUUUGCAUCCUACAACCUUCCAAAGUCUCUCCUGAGAGCGCCACGGGGACUCCACUUCUCAUACUCCUCAGAGACCCUUAUAUCCUGGUGGCUGCAGGCUCCAUCUGCUUUGCCAACAUGGGCGUGGCCAUGCUGGAACCCACACUGCCCAUCUGGAUGAUGAAGACCAUGUGCUCCCCUGAGUGGCAGCUAGGUCUGGCCUUCUUGCCUGCCAGUAUGUCCUACCUCAUUGGCACCAACCUUUUUGGUGUGUUGGCCAACAAGAUGGGUCGGUGGCUGUGCGCACUGAUUGGGAUGGUGGUUGUAGGUAUCAGCUUGCUCUGUGUUCCUCUGGCUCAUAAUAUUUUUGGUCUCAUUGGCCCCAAUGCAGGACUUGGCUUCGCCAUUGGCAUGGUGGAUUCUGCUAUGAUGCCAAUCAUGGGCUACCUGGUAGAUCUGCGCCACGCCUCGGUGUAUGGGAGUGUCUAUGCCAUCGCUGAUGUGGCGUUUUGCAUGGGCUUUGCAAUAGGUCCAUCCACUGGAGGCGCCAUUGUGCAUGCCAUAGGCUUCCCCUGGCUCAUGGUCAUCAUUGGGGUCAUCAACAUCUUCUAUGCCCCUCUCUGCUACUCCCUGAGGAACCCCCCAGCCAAGGAGGAAAAGCUUGCAAUACUAAGCCAGGACUGCCCCAUGGACACCCGGAUGUAUGUAACUCAGAAGCCCAGGAGGGACUUGCCUCUGAAUGAGGACAGUGAGGAAGAGGCUGGUAGUGAGGAGUAGUAGCAGAAAGUGUUUCUGAGCCUUGUCACAGGUGGAUUCAUGAGGCUUGGACUUCAGUGAGCGCCUCUCUCCUUGGAACCAGAUCACCGUAGGCUUCUCAGUAGGUUCCCUGAGUACCUCAGAGAUCCCCCCUUCCCUAGGUAUCUCCUUCCUUCCCUUCUCACAGGUACCACUCCCAGUGCUCCCCUAAACUGUGUAACCGGAGCCUCAUCCUCCACACCCCCUGCGUCAGGGGCCCCUCUGGGGGAGGCCAGAGAGAUGCUUUCUGCCAGGUUUCCACAAGGCUGAUUA